AUGACAAUGGAAAACAUUCAGACUCACCUCUUGUUGCUCUUGGGCCUGGUGAUCUUAAUCCUGGCAAACUCGCUGGCUCAUACUAAUAAUUGGAUGGUAUCGGCGAGUUAUGACUCGGCUUCAUUCAAUCGGAGCAGCUUUCCGGCCGGUUUCAUUUUCGGGACUGCAUCUGCUGCUUACCAGUAUGAAGGGGCAGCAAAAGAGGAUGGCAGAGGCCCAAGUAUAUGGGAUACAUUUACUCAUAAACACCCAGGUAAGAUAAAGGACCAUAGCAAUGGAGACGUAGCAAUUGAUUCUUAUCAUCGUUAUAAGGAAGACGUGGCGAUAAUGAAGGAUUUUGGGUUGGAUGCAUACAGAUUCUCCAUCUCUUGGUCUAGAGUUUUACCUUAUGGAAAGGUAGGUCGAGGAACAAACAAGGAAGGCAUCCAAUAUUACAACAACCUCAUCAACGAGCUUCUAUCCAAUGGAAUCCAGCCCUUCAUAACUCUAUUUCACUGGGAUCUUCCACAAGCUCUGGAAGACGAGUAUGGUGGUUUCUUAAGUCCUCACAUAAUUGAUGACUUCCAAGACUAUGCGGAGCUUUGUUUCAAAGAGUUUGGAGAUAGAGUUAAGCAUUGGAUCACCCUGAAUGAGCCAUGGAGUUUUAGCAAUAAUGGAUACAACUUGGGCAUCCAUGCACCUGGACGAUGUUCUAAAUGGGUGGGAAAUUGUACUAGUGGGAAUUCUGCGACUGAGCCCUACUUGGUAGUCCACCACCAACUUCUUGCUCAUGCAGCUGCUGUGAAAGCAUACAAGAAAAAGUAUCAGGCAUCUCAAAAGGGAAAGAUUGGAAUUACAAUAAUAUCACACUGGAUGGUGCCCUUCUCAAAGGACACUUCCAACUAUGCUGCGGCACAAAGAGCUCUUGAUUUCAUGUUUGGAUGGUUUAUGCACCCAUUAACCUAUGGUGAUUAUCCGCAAAGCAUGCGAUCUCUAGUUGGAAAUCGCUUACCGAAAUUCUCCGUAAAUCAGUUGAAGAUGGUUAAAGGAUCAUUCGAUUUCCUCGGACUAAAUUACUAUACUGCUAAUUAUGCAUCUAAUCUUGCCUUCUCCAAUGAUCUUAAAAUGACUUAUUCGACAGAUUCUCGUGCUAAUCUCACCACUGAGCGGAAUGGGAUCCCCAUUGGUCCAAGGACUGCUUCGGAUUGGUUGUUCGUAUAUCCUCGAGGAAUAUGGGAGUUAUUACUUUAUACAAAGCGAAAAUAUAAUAAUCCAGCAAUUUAUAUUACUGAAAAUGGGAUAUCAGAGUUCAACAAUAGUACACAGACAUUGGAGGAAGCCUUAACAGAUAACAUGAGAAUCGACUAUUACUAUCAUCAUCUUUUAUUCCUCAACAAAGCCAUCAAGGAGGGUGUUGAUGUAAGGGGAUACUUUGCAUGGUCAUUGUUGGACAACUUUGAGUGGGCCGAUGGUUAUACAGUUCGAUUUGGUAUUAAUUAUGUGGAUUACAAAAAUGGAUUGAAGAGAUACCCAAAGCACUCUGCCAAUUGGUUCAAAAAGUUCCUCCAGAGAUAGACUAAUAUAGACUAUUCCAUGCAUAUGUACUUCCA